AUUUGUUCCUGUGGCCGGUUGUGAAGGUGAUGUGAGUUAUAGAAGGCGUACUACAUUCCUUUCCAUCGGGAUAGUUGCCAUACUAAUUUAUUCAUAUUCGCCAUUGUUACGACCACAAUAUUAUCAUAUUACGGAUUAAUGUCGUUACUGCAGGAGUAAACUGGUCAGAACUAUGUUUUGAUCCUGCCAAUUCUAAGAAUAUGAAUGUAUUCCAGUAGUGUCGUUACUGGAUUUGAGUUGUUCCUCUUGUUAUAUUGUGAUAUCUAAAAUGGCCAUGAUGUCGACAACAGAGACACAACUACACAAUGCGCAAAGUUCUAUCCUGUUCAUGCAACAGGAACAUUCAAAGACACUACAAGGUCUCCAUGUUGAGAUACAAAAAUUACAGAAGAAAUGUUCAGACCUGACAUUUGAGUUGGCCAUGAAAACCACAACAACUGUGGAUGAAGAUUAUUAUAUGAAGAAAAUAAAAUCACUUGAAAUGGUUCUUAGAGAUAGGAAUAUUAGGAAUGAAGAGCAGGAAAAAGAUCUUGAGAAAAAAGACAAAAGAAUGAAUUUAUUGGAACAAAAACUGAAAGCUCAGGAGAAGAAAUUUGUUGAUGAGCUGAAGGGACAAAAACAGUACAUUGCUUCAAUCACUGGUGAAUUAGAACAAAAGUCAGCACAUAUUGCUUACUUGACAACACAGUUACAUCAGGAAAAACUGAGACGCAAGAACCGUGAUGAUCGCUCAGUUGAAAGGUCUGAAAAUAAGGACACCAAAAAACCAUUACCUCCAAGAGAGGCAGCACCAGGUAGCGGGAGGCGGAGACUGAUGAGGAGUACAACUUCACCCGUGCCUGUUGAUAGCAAAACUGGAACUUUUAAAAUUACUCCACCAUCUUCAGCCAAAGGUACUAGUUAUGUAUCUAAUGGUCGUAUUGGAAGUGGGGGUCGCAGGCUACCCACUCAACCUGUAAGGUCAGACUCUCCGUCUAUUUUGGGAGAUGCUCCUGAUCCCAGGCCAUUCCUGGUUGCCAGUGAACCCACCAAUGGCAGUGUAUGCAUCGAAAUGAAACCUAGUCCUCCAGUACUGCCACCUAUCACUGCCCUUGAUGAUGCAGAGGCCAAGCACACAUUGAGCAGGAGGAAAUUCAGAGUACCGAACAGACUCGCCGUGGAUCAGAUCACUGACCAAGAGCAUCGCAGCUAUGAAAAAUCACCAACAGACUGUAGCUAACUUUAUCCACUUUAUUCAACACUCCAAUUAAAAAAAAACCCUGAAAGUUUUAAAAGUCAAAGAUUUUUUUAGAUGAUGUGUGUACUUUGGGCUUGUGCAUUAAAUGCUUUACCUGGUUUACAUAUUUCUUUAAACAUAUAAUACUUUAUUUUUCGUGUGUGCUUUUCUACUAGCAUUUCAAAUAUGGAUCAUGGCUAUCUGUGUUUUUGUAAUCGGUGUAAUGUAUUGAGUGUGAGAGAGUAAGAGUUGGUGCUGUUUAUUUUUAAUCUAUGCAUAGUGAUGAAAACUGCCAAGCAGGACAAUGUUUACUCUACUUAUUGUCAGUAAUUAAAAUAAUUGCUGUGUUUGAUGAUUCA